AUGGUGUCGCGAGCAAAGCAUCCCUGCUCCUCAUCACUUCCUCCAAUAGUUUUUCCUUCGGGACCGAGCGCCACGUAUGCUGCUUUCUCCCAAAAGGAAGAUGCCGCAUUAGACGCACGCAAUAAGAUCGAAAGGCAUCGCUAUGCGAAGUUACUCUUGGAGUAUGCCGAACGCUACCGAGAAUUCUCUUCUGUAAGCUUCUUUGUUGAGACGAUGCUGCGAGAGCUUGCGGGCCGUGAAGGCGUUACGAACCAGUCGAGAGCAAUGGCUGCAGUGUGGUCCAUGAAACUUUUGAGCUGCCACUCACCCUUUAAGCAGUUCAUGGUGCACAUCACCGAAGCCCUACUACCAGCUAUUUUUUGCAAUUACGAUGCAAAACGGUUAGACUACGCGCCAGCUGCGAUACAGGCGCUGUUGUGCGACCGUGCCCUGCAUCGCGACAACCCUUUUUUUUCCCACUCUACGUAUAUGCAUGAAUACGAUGCCAGCCUAUUAAAGCUGAAAAACAUUUCGGGGGAACUCAAACGGGUCUCGUUCACAGGCAGCGAGUGGAAGCGAAUUGCACACAUGCUUGUUGUUUACGUACAAAGUGAAAGAAAAAGGAGGGCUUUUAUUGCAUGGCGGGAUAAUGUGAAAAAGGAGCGCGUCGUUAAUAAGCUUAGGCGCAACGUCGUGUCGCGGCACGGUGCCGAUAGCCGCUUUUUGUGUGUUGCACUAGGGUUCCUUCGUUGGAAGAGUGCCACAGCAAUGUCUCGCGUGCAGUUUCUCACCGAGAGGUUGCACGAUGCGGCAUUUCAAUUGGAGAGCGCAAAGAAUCAAUUCCAUAUGGAAUGCUUCAGGGCCGAUAAGUUACAACUAAGCAAUGAGGAGAAGGACUCAGAGCUAAAGGCGGUAAUGUGCGAGCGAGACGAGCUGCAACUAGAGGUGGAAAGGCUGAAAGAGCAACUAAAGAUCCAAGAGAGGAAUCAUGAGGCGAAUCUUAGGGCUCGUUUACUUGAGAUAUUAACCCUAGCUCAGCAUCAAAACAUCCUGCUGAAGAAGAUUGUCGGUACUCAGUUUGAUGCUAAGGAAGUAGUUGCAGGCUGGCUCCACAAAGAAGAUGGUGACUACCAGGAAAGAGAACCUGAACAUGGUGAGAACGAGGCGUUGCAGGGACAUUCAUUCCUUCUCCGGUGGUGUAACCACAUCCUUCGCAGUGGAGAGGUCGGGGUGUUGCGGCGAGUGCGAAAUUUUGCAGACGACUUCGCCGAUGGGGAGGUGUUUCACGGCAUUAUUCGUUACGUUUUUCCUGAAAAAAAAGAGUUUGCGACAUCCGUGGACUCGUCUGUGGCAGACCGACUUCGACUGGUGUGCGACUUCACUACAAACAUACCCCUAGCCGUUUCGCUAACUGUUGAAGACUUCAACAUGAAACGGGAGGACAGGAUCAUAGUAGCAGUAGCUGAAAUAUUCGCUUACUACGUGGAAAAGAAGAGGGCAGACGCUGUCAGCGAGUCUUUCCGGUUGGUUGUUGAACAGGAUCCCCUUCAAGUUGACAGCAGCAUCGCUACCGAUUCGGAAGAUGUCAGCCUUCUGACCACUGAAGAGGAUGUAAAGAAGCAACUGUCGAUAUGGAAUAAGGAGCUCAGCAAGCAGGUGGAAAACUUUCGCUUGGGUGUAUGGUGUGAGAUGGACUUGCAAAAGAGUGGCAUGUGCAUCUCCCGUGAAGCCGCACGUUUGACAUGGGAACGAGGCAGAGGCCAUCCGAGAUAUGUAGUGACAGCCGACGCCUCCCGCCACUUUGUGAGUCUUAAUGCGAGGAAAAUGAACGACCUCCGCGAGAAGUUCGGUUCGUGUACCCCCCAGGUGUGGAGGUCCGUUGUGCAGUCUCUUAAGAGGGUGCUGUGGAAACAUGUAAACACGAUUACUUCAAUUUUUUAUCACUAUGCCGGAGAGAAUGCACACGAGAUGGACGAAGUUCAGUUUUGGCGGUUCGUAGAGGAUUCCCGAUUAAUGGUGGAACCACUUUCGAGACAAACCAUAGCCCGAAUUUUCGACACAGUUAUCUCUCCUAAGCUUAUGGCAAUGCUUCAAGCUAAAAGUGUGGAGAAGCAGGCUGCUUUGCUAGAGGCGGCGGAGGAAGAAAUGAAUAUACGCAGAGUCAAGCCGGCGCAGUUUACGGAAAUACUUUUACAUAUGGGUGCUGUGCGCUUUCGAGACUCGUUGUUGGAUGCGGCGGGGCGGUUUCUCACUGGUUUGAGUGUCCCAACACUCUGUGGGGUGACUCCAACAACAGUGGACUUCUAUCGACCGGAAUCGCAGCGCGUUAUACGUCAUUUACAGGAAGACCUGGCGCGUGUUUUUUUCUUCUACGUAAAACAGCAGAGUGAAAACCAAAGGAAGUCAUCGAAAGGGUUAAAACAACCAUCGGGUCGCUUCGUGGGUCGAAUUAGCUUUGAUGCCUAUCUUCGUAUGUUCUCAGAUUGUGGUUUUGUCGCAGACAACAAGGAGAAAGAGAAUAACUCCCGGAGGGGGAGCACCGAACCGCAUCGGUACUGUCGGAAGGUGAAGUUCACAGAUGUCGAGGAGAUUACAGAAACCUUUAAUGCGCUUCACGAACGCGUUCUGCUGCUUCCAGAGGGGGAGUUAUGCUUCUCACUGUUCUUGGAAUCUUUUGGUAUUGCCUGCCAGUACUGGUGCCCGGACCCCAAAGUGAGUUUCCCACGGAAGCUCGCUUGUUUUCUGACUGAUAUGAUAGAAAGGUUGCGCACAUUGCACUCGCGCAGCGCAUUGAUACUAAGGGAACUGCCACCACCCACAGUCGAGAAAGGGGACGCUGGUUGUGUUCCGUAA